AUGGGUAAUAAGCUCGUUAUUAAGGCCCCGGUUCAAGUUAUGGACCUUUCUUAUCAAUUUAAAGGAUCCGAAAAUCUACGGAACAUGGAACUUACCGUCACCAGGGAAGGAUGCGUGGAUCCGCGCCUAUUGAACUCGUUCCUGAGGGCUAUGCGUCAUAACUCAGAUGACGUGAUACGGGAGAAACUAAACAACGUCAAAGAUCUUACAACUCAUGAGAAAAGAGCGCGAUGCCAGGAUUUUGUACAUAAUGAACUAUCUGGCAAUUGGAGAAUACGAGAUAAAGUUAUCAGUUUCUGCGAGAACGAGUCGAGUCAGCUCAAGACCGAGCUGGAUCAGCUGUAUGCGCAGAACGUGGACGCUUCACAGGCCACCGUCAGUGCCCGUAUGGACCCUUAUGCGCCUCGCGCUGAGCAAAUGCGGAAGGACCUGGAAUAUGGCGAUUGGCAAAGACUGGACGCCUGGGUGAAAAACCAACGUGAAGUAGAAAGUAUUCUACAAAAGAGCGCCGUGUCUGUUCUCAACACGCGUUGUGACCCGAACAUUGACUACAUGACUCAAUUCGACGAUUUGAGGCGGAGCCUAUAG